AUGUCCGUCGACGAGGAAGAAUUAUUCGGUGACGGUCUCGACGACUUUUUGGUGGAUGACAUGGCGGAAGAAGGCUCUCCGUCGGAGUCGGAUUCCCCGCGUCCAGCCAAGAAGCGUCGUCUAGAGACUGCCAGACCCCGACCUUCACCCAACGAGAUCGACGAGGCUCUCGAGGCCGAGAGUGAUAGAUACGGCUCCGAUACCGACCUGGGUUCCUUCAUUGACGGUGACGGCUCUUACGGGGCCCCCCGGAGGGAUGACGAGCUGUCCUCCCCCAGCCAAGCAUAUGAGACCACCGACGCAAAAUCCAAGCGCAAGGUGUUUGUCCCCAAGCAGCAAAGCAUCAACCAAGACAACCUGUUUGUGACGCAGCUCACCCAGCCACCCUCACCUCCCGAGAUGCUUCGUGGUCCUCGGUGGCAGAAACCCAAGCCCCAGCCGCCAAGACCUGCGUCUCCGGCAGACCACGGUAACAACGACGGCAACAACGAUGACGAGUUCGGGGACGACGAUAUGGAGGCUGCCCUUGCGGCAUCCGUUCAGUCAUUCGAGCAAGAGCAAGCACGGAACGCUCUUUCCUUUAACCAGAUUACCCCGCUGCCGACUCGAAGUCUUCCCGGUAACCAGAAGACACCGAAGACGACGACAAAGAAGAAGACGGAUACGCCCAAUGCCUCCGGGGACAUGUUUGCCGAGCUCCCAGACGAUGCAUUUGACAUCGACGUCGAUUCCCUCAUCGCCACCUUGCCUCCGCCUCGGCCCACUCCACGACAAACGAGCGGAGGGUCCUUCUCGUCUUUCAACCGGGUCCCCCGUCAAACCACGCUCCUCGGCAUGGUUAAUCGGAAUCCGGCAAGCACUUCGCCCCCCGGAGAAAACACUUGGUGCCCUCCGGAAAAGCAUGGAGAGAAGCCGACACAUCACAAGCUCGUGGAGGACACUCUCGACACCUGGAUUUACCCGACGAACCUGGGCAACACGCGAGACUAUCAGUUCAACAUUGCUCAACGAGGCCUCUACCACAACCUGUUGGUGGCGCUCCCCACGGGUCUGGGAAAGACGUUCAUUGCUGCCACGGUCAUGCUCAAUUGGUAUCGGUGGACCCAGGACGCUCAAAUCAUUUUCGUCGCCCCGACAAAACCCCUGGUGUCCCAACAAGUCUCUGCCUGCUUGGGCAUCGCCGGCAUUCCCAAAUCUCAAACAUCCAUGCUCACCGGCGGCAUCGCGCCGGGUAUCCGAGCAGAGGAGUGGCAAACCAAGCGCGUAUUUUUUCUUACACCACAAACGUUGAUGAACGACCUCAAGUCCGGAAUCGCCGACCCGAAACGCAUUGUCUUGGUCGUUGUCGAUGAAGCCCAUCGAGCUACCGGGGGCUAUGCCUACGUGGAGGUUGUGAAAUUCCUCCAGCGAUUCAAUCAAAGCUUCCGUGUUCUGGCACUGACAGCCACACCGGGCUCCUCCGUGGAAUCCGUACAAGAGGUAAUAGACGGCUUGAAUAUCUCCAAGGUGGAGAUUCGCACGGAGCAGUCGCUUGAUAUUCGACAGUACGUGCACGCCAAAAAAAUCGAGUGGGAGGUUUUCUCGGACUCCGAGGAGCUUAUUCUGUGCAAGGAACACUUUUCCCGUGCUCUCCAGCCACUGGUUGAUAAACUAAAACACCUCAACGCCUACUGGGGAUCGGAUCCUCUAACGCUCACCCCCUUCGGACUCACCAAAACCCGCCAGGAAUGGAUGGCCUCGAAUGCUGGUCGAACGGCAAGCACCGGGUUCAAGAUCAUGAUCAGCUCGAUUUUCACCGUCCUUGCUAGCUGUGCUCACAGUCUUGACCUUCUCAAAUAUCAUGGGAUUACGCCUUUUUAUCGGAGCCAGCUGAAGUUCCAGUCCGGCACCGGCGGCCUGAAGAAUGGGAAAUACAAACAGCAGCUCGUCCAAGAUGAGAACUACAAAAGACUCAUGAGCCAAGUUUCGGCGUGGACAAAGCACCCGGAGUUUAUCGGCCAUCCAAAACUAGCAUAUCUCAAAGAAGUGGUGUUGAACCACUUUCUGGAUGCCGGUGAAGGACGAGACGGGAACACGCAGUCCUCCACCAGAUUGAUGAUCUUUGUCCACUUCCGAGAUAGUGCCGAAGAGGUGAUACGAGUGCUGAAGAGACAUGAGCCUUUGGUCCGACCUCACAUUUUCAUCGGCCAGUCCAGCAACAAGGACUCGGACGGCAUGAAUCAGAAAACGCAGCUCAGCGUCAUCCAGAAGUUCAAAGAGGGGGUCUAUAACACCAUAGUGGCAACUUCCAUUGGCGAGGAAGGGUUGGAUAUCGGUGAGGUAGAUCGCAUUAUCUGUUACGACUCCUCUGCCUCGCCAAUCCGCAUGCUCCAACGUAUGGGACGUACUGGCCGAAAAAGGGCGGGAAACAUCGUGAUACUGCUCAUGCAGGGGAAAGAGGAGCAUUCAUAUCUCAAAGCGACAGAUAAUUAUGAAAAAAUGCAAGAAAUGAUCGCCAGUGGGAAGCGGUUCGCCUACCACACCGACGAGUCCCCACGCAUUCUACCGCCGGGGGUCCGUCCCACUGUCAACAAGCAGAAAAUUGAUAUUCCGACGGAGAAUGACAACCCGGACCUCCCCGAGCCGAAAAAGAGACGAAACGCCCCCAAGAGGCCUCCAAAGAAGUUUCACAUGCCGGACAACGUCGAGACUGGUUUCACCAAGGCGUCGGACCUUGCCACCGGCGGUGCCACGCGAAAAUCAAAACCAAAAAGUAGGCCGAAAGAACGAACACCAACGCCCGAGCUCAUCGAUAUACCGGCCGCUGAAGAUGUUUUGCUGACCGCGGAGCAGCAAAAUGAGCUUGAGCAAUACUACGGCAAUGUUGGCGAGACCAGUCCGCAAUUCACCCGACCCCCUCGCAACGACGCUUUUCCUAAACUGCAAUCAGUUCCAAGACCGACAAAGGCCGUGACGCACGGAUCAGUCACCCGUCGGAUGAUCGGUGCACUACAAACAAUCAAUCAGCUAGGUAUAGACUGCGAGGAACGCUUUCAAAAAGUGUUGAGCCUCGAGUCUCGAAGACCGCCGGAAGAUGCCUUAAUUUCACGCCCACUGCCACCCCCUAGACACAAACGCAAGAAAGGAUCAAAUGAUCAUUCUCAGCCCCUAAAGCCCCUCAAAACUCGUCGAUUGUUACACGAAGUCUGCAACGGCGAAAACUACGCCCCGACCUCCCCGAUACAAGACCAUCCAGAAUCGGUACCCUUCUAUUCCUCGCAGAGAAGCGAAGGCGAGAAGUUUGAUGAGUUUACACCCCCUGAUAUAGACACCAUUUUGAGUCGAAGCACCGAGCGCAGAUCGUAA